AUCAGUUAUAACCUAUGUAGUACCCCAAUCGGGUCCAGGAAUCUCCGAUGUCACAGGCUGGGGGGUCUUCGAGGAGUCCUAGCGCCACGGCCGGUAACUCACGAAAUGGCCGUAUGACAUCUUUGCGUUUCAUGUUGUAUUAAUAUGGGCGUGUUCAAGUUACGCAGCACACUUGCUGUUCCGUACUCAGUACUCAGUCCUCGGUGCUGCACCGAUUUUAAUACCCUCAUUUACACGCCAAAAGAGACUCCGACUCACUGAACCAUGUCUUCUCCAUCUGUUGACACAGAAAAAUCUCUUGCCCCUCCAGGGCCUCCCCCAACCUUCGUUGAAGGGGGCCUCAAAGGGUAUUUGACUGUAUUCGGUGCAUUUUUUGCCUUGUUCGCCGCGUUCGGUCAAUCGAUGGCGUUUGGAAGCUUUCAGCUAUGGUAUUCGCAAAACCAGCUCGUAAACUAUACCGCGUCCGAUAUUUCGUGGAUUGGCUCAGUUCAGCUUUGGGUUUUCUUCAUUUCAGGAGGUGUUAUUGGCAGGCUCUUCGACGCACAUGGGCCAACAUUGCUCCUUGCUUCGGGAACCAUCAUCUUAACGUUUUCUCUCAUGAUGACAUCCCUGGCUACAAAGUACUACGAGUUCAUUCUCGCCCAAGGGGUCGUAUUUGGUAUUGGAUUCGGACUUUUAUUCUUUCCGUCAAUGAGUGCGACCGCCACACACUUCAUGAAGUACCGAGCCACUGCUCUUGGUGUCGCUGUAGCCGGCAGCAGUGUCGGUGGCGUCGUGUUUCCCAUCAUGUUGCAGCAACUCUUCAAUAACGUGGGAUUCGGCUGGGCAGUGCGCAUCUCUGCAUUCGUUUGUCUCGCAUGUGGCGCUAUAGCCACGGUAACUGUGUCCAGUCGGUUUCCCAAACGUAAACCUGGUCCAUGGGUCGACGUGGCAUCUCUAAAGGAUGCUAAUUAUGCAAUUUUUGUGCUAGGAAGCGCCAUUACCUGCUUGGGUAUCUUCGUGCCGAUGUACUAUAUUGUACAGUAUGCCGAAGGUUACCACGCCUCUCAGUCCCUGGCAUUUGGGGUCUUGUCGGUAAUGAACGCAGGAAGCGUGUUCGGACGUAUCGUGCCGUCGAUUGUGGCUGAUCAGAUUGGGAGAUACAACACGUUGAUCCCGUCCACAGCGCUGAUGGGGAUCUUUACUCUCGCACUAUGGUACCACGCACACAACAUUGGAACGAUUAUGGCAUAUUCUGUCUUCUACGGAUUUUUCUCUGGAAGUUGGUUCGCGUUGCAAACGUCUUGCAUCGCGCAGAUAUCAAAAAUGGAGAAGAUUGGAGUCCGGAUGGGAAUGGCAUAUAGCUUGGUUUCUUUCGCCGCCCUUGUCGGCGAACCAAUUGCGGGUGCGAUUCUAACCCGGGAUAAUGGAAGUUAUACGGGGAUGAUGGUUUUCACCGGAGUAUCCCUACUUCUCGGCUCUCUCGUUACCCUGGCCGUCAAGUUAAGAAUAAACAGCAGUUUACUGGCAAGAGUGUAGGUAUCAAUAGUAAUAGACAUUCUAUUCUAGAUCAGUUCUAUAUACGUACAAACGUUUCGUCCUUACAUAUGUUAGAUGUCAUACUACUCACAAUAGUCAGGAAAGACAAGCCGCGAAUCGACGUAGGGUACCGGCACGGUCAAAAGUUGAUGUUUAUAGACAGCCUUUGAAUAGACACCGAUUGUUGACCGCUUAUACUCUAUCGAAAAGCCACCCUAUCUCCUGGUCGAGAAAGUCUC